UUGCAUGUGAAACAUUUUUGGAGGUCAAACUUCGCCGAUUUCUUUGAUCUUAACCGCUGAAAAGUCACGUUUUCAUCAGAAUAUAUUCAUUACACACAAUACUUGAGUUUGAUGCCGGUUUUGAGUUAUGUCUUACUGCAAGAAAGAAGGUAAAGACACAGUCAUCUUUGCCACAAAGGACGACCAUGAGAAGCCAACUGAAGCUGUCCUUUUGAAGGAAGAGGAAGAGGAAGAACCAGGUUUGAUAAUGCCCAAUGGUGAGAUUAACUGGAAUUGUCCGUGUCUCGGUGGAAUGGCUAGUGGACCAUGUGGAGUAGAAUUCAGGGAGGCGUUCUCAUGUUUUCACUACAGUACGGAGGAAAUGAAGGGAGCUGACUGUUACGAACAAUUUAGUGUGAUGCAAAAAUGUAUGGCUGAUUUUCCUGAGGUUUACCCACCGAAGGACGAUGAUGAAAAAGACUUGGAUUUUGAUGGACUUGAAAACGGACAGGAUUCCGAGGAGUCAAAGUCUGAAGAAUCUAGUGAAAAAAUGAAAACUAGUGAGGAGAAGAAGAGUUGAAAACAUGACUUGUUAUGUAAUUAGGCAAUUUGAACAAUUUUAUCAAACUGGUUGACCACAAGUUCUGUAUUCGGUUAACCCUUGCAGGUUUGAGGGUAGGUCAGACUGGUCAUGAAUGAUGGUGCUGCAUUGUGCAGUUAAGUUUAAACAUUCAUUGACUAUUGGGCGUUGGCAUUCCAAUAGGAGGCACUGAUUUUCACUAGGGUAUUCGUCAAGGCAUCAAAACUGAAACAAAUUGAUGUCACAACAUUGCAAUACCACAGUGACAGUCAGUAUCACGUAGCAAUGGUUGUCGUAGUUUUGCUGGUAGCAUAUUGAGUGUUUUCAUUCAGUUGAAGACGGCAAUUAAUACAUGAGCACAAUCUGCAACUGUCUUCUUUUAACAUUGAGCAUGUUGUAUCAUUACUCAGGUAAACAGCUUGGAGGGAGGUCAGCUGGCCAUCAAGUUUGCUGUCGAUUAUUGAGUGUUCUGUUGAAGAUAAUGCUAGAGACAAAGGCACAACUGUCUUCUACAGAACAUUCAGGAAGUUGAAUAAGGUGUACCAUCAGAAUGGCGGCCAGCUGGCCGUCCAGUUUGAUGUGGGUUAUUGAGUGUUCUGUGGAAGAUGAUGGUAGAGACAAAGGCACAACUUUCUUCUACAGAACAUUCAGGAAGUUGAAUAAGGUGUACAGUCAGAAUGGAGGCCAGCUGGUCGUCCAGUUUGAUGUGGGUUAUUGAGUGUUCUGUGGAAGAUGAUGGUAGCGACAAAGGCACAACUGUCUUCUACAGAAGUUCUCCCCUUCUCCUCUACGGAUUAAUGUGAUUUUGGUUGUUAGAUGCAAAUAUUGUAAGAAUAUUAAUUAGUAGUUCCCCAAGUUGGAUGAUAAGUGUUGGCGUCGUGUCUGAAUAGGUUCUAAUGUGUGAAUUGAGCUGACACUCCGUGCUGUUGAAGUAUGAAAGCUAACGGAACAAAAUUGGACAAAUGCUCAAAUGUUGGUCUCUUUGUUGACCAUCAACGUGUACAGACGUACUCUGAGGUUUUCUAUGUAGUUGCCAGAAGGGCAAGUAAGCACUUGUCAGAAGGGCAAAUGUACCAGGAUGUCUGGUUGUCCAUUACAGUUGUGCAUUUGCCCUGCAAUAGGUUUUAUGUUUAAACUCGUGACUUUGGACUUGCCCACUGGGUAACUACUUGGCUGGUCGCAAAAAGUGCAAAUGAAAAUAUGUAUAUGAAACUUUUCUGGUUAACCAUAGUUUUUUGUCUUGGCUCUAAUGAGCAAUUCAUAUCGUAGGCCCUAAAUCAAAACAAUCAUGCUAUUAAAAAACCAUCAUUGUAUGUACUAGAAUAAAUGACGAA